AUGGCACCAACAGGGGACACGACCGACGAUCAACCGAUCGAUAGUGGCCAAAAGGACGAGGAAGAGGAGGAAAUCAUAUUGGACGAUACUUGGACCGAAGACCAAGACUCGGUCUUUGCCGAUCACAACAGCGUUGCCGCCACGAUGGACGCUUCCGACACACCUGAUACCGCAGGUACUUUCUCUCCCCGAACCAACCCCUUCUGGUUCUAA